CAGUGUCAAGCUCGGUACAUGUUUCGGAACUGUUAAGUGUAGGUGUUUAAUUAAUUUGGGGAGCCACAGUUUUAUUUAUUUUUUUUUUUAUUCUGAUCAAAGUAGAUGGCUUUUUAAUGAAAAUGCGGGGUGAGACUGAUUCGUAAUUCGUUUAAAAAAAUCGCUGCGAUCUCUACUGUCAGGUUGUUAUGGAGCAACCUGGGAGUUUAGAUGAUCUACAGCCUGAAGAUCUCUCCACCUCCAGCAUCCCCACUGUGAUUGACCUGACCAGGAAAGGCAAAGAAUGUGUUUUGCGGAUGAUCAAGAACCCUGGUUGGUACCCAAAUGCUGGGACCAACAAACCUGCGUUACCCUUCUCAGAUACUGGCUCCACUGACAUCACAGUCCAAUCAGGGGAUCAAAUUCAGCCAGACAAUGCCUUGUCCCAGACCACCGUCACCCUCUCCUACGUGAGCAGGUCUCACAUUUUCUCCACUCAUGACUCUCUCACUCAGCAGUCGCCGCUCUACAGUAUACCCCCAAUCAGCAAGUUCUCCACCCGUCCUUCUUGUGACUCAGAGAAUGGGCUCAGGGAGACCGGCUAUGCACCGAGCCAACACUAUGUGGAGCAGGACAGUCCUAUGGACCUCGCUAACCAAACAGAACUUUUUCAGUCCUGGUCUCAGACUCAGGUGGGACACAGGAACAAAGCUGGUUUACAUGUAACACAGCAGCCUUAUGAAUUUAACGGUGUAGCCAUUUCAAGUGAUGGCGACGUGGAUAAGCAGCUACAAGACAGAGAGGGUAGCAGUAUUUUUCAGGAUGUAGAAAACAGUGAUAGUUUAGAGAAUGGUCAAGGGGAUAGCUGGUCGAGUUUAGAGGCCUAUACCGAAUCGUCACCAGAGACUCUCACACCCAUCAUGAGGGAGGAAGAGGACAGGCUGGACUCUCAAGUGGCCUUUCUCAUCUCAAGGAAUCAGGACUCCUCAAGCCUCCCAGACAAGAUGGGAGCUAGCCGACUGUGUUCCCUGAGCAGGGACUACACCAGCCCUCUGGACGAGCCUGUUUCUCCCUCUGCCGCCUCAGUGGAGGAUGUAGAGGAUGUGUUCCUCCUGCCUCAAACCUCUAACUCACCCAGUGGUGACAACUCUGUUAUAGAAACCUCUGAUGAUGCUGUGUGGAACAGCUGGAGUAAGGAAGGGACCAUUCCGCUGGGUUCUUGUACCAGGGAUAAUCUGACAAGAUUAGAGUCACAGGACAAGAAUACGCUGCCAGUCCACAGAGGCAAGGCAGUCCUGGAGCCUCAUCUUGACUUGGCAGAAGGUGUUUUUGCACCUGGGAAACCUGUAAUCCCUUAUUUGAACGGGAAUGUAAAGGUAUUACAGAGGACUCUACAAGAAAAGAAACUACCAGUGCGUUCUGGUAGAGGGACACGGUUAGAGGCAAUAGUCAUGAACUUAAAUUCAAGGAGAUAUAAAGUUUCGGGGUGCAUACAGACCAGUAAAGACACACAGACAUCUCUGACUCCAGCUCCUGUUUCUGAUGUAAUUGGCCCAAAGAACCCAAAGAAGAAAGGGGGCAUUAAGAAGAAGAAAAAGGCAGUAGCACGACCGAAAAGGGGUAAAACAAAUAACAAUAACACUGUCAAAAAUUCUACCUCUGAUUGCAAAGUCAUUAAAACCCCAAAAAUGCAGAGCUCUCAAUUGGUUGUGCAGAAGAAGUCAAGAAGGAAAAGGGAUAAUUCACACCUAGAACACUCACCACAGACUGAUCCUAGUAGUCUUGUAAACACAAUAUUAAAGAGGAAGCUUUCCCAAAAAGAGCCAGAGCAGAUUUCUCACCCCAACUGCUCGCAGGUAGUUCACGUGGUAAGAACUUCCCAACCAGCAGUGAAACCUCCAAAGAAACACCAAGCCAAAGGCAAAACUUCAGGUAGCAAAAUCACCCCCACUGCCAAGACGCUGGCGGCCCGCUGUCCCAAGAGGAGAAGGAAGAAACACAAACAGAGUCCUCCUUCUUCCUUAUUUUCACCCAAGGAACCAGAAAUCCGGUUAAAGUAUGUGAACUACAAAGAGGAAAAAAGGGACCCGCGGUUGGACAAUUUCUGCCCGUUCGUCCAUGUGGAGCGUCAUGAGUCAUCGCCAUCACUGUGCACCGUCAUCAACUACCCCGAGGAGGUCCAGGCACAGCACAGGAAGGGCCAACAGCAGCCCUCCGGAGCCUAUGUUUCUGCCAUCAUACCCAGCACUACUUGCCUUCAGAUAGGCCGGGUGUCUAUGCACAGUUGGCACCAGUGCUCGCUCGUCUGCUGCCUAUGCGGGCGGUCAGCCAAUGCCGUGGACUUGGGGGAUCUCCAUGGCCCGUACUACCCCAAGGGGUACCGACCCAAAGCUGAAACACCAGUUGGCAGGUUGAGUCUCAGAGAUGUAGAGGACGAGUACAGCGACUCUGAUUCGUCUUACUGCAGCGUUCGAGGCAGAGGGAGGAAGUGUGCACCAUCAUCGGCCUUGUGGCCUGUCAGGGCAGUUUCGCAGCCGACUAAUAAAGUCGUCCUGGAUAACAACUGGAGGACGAGCGGCAGGGAUGGUACCAAUGGCCCUGCAGUGACGCGGGCUCGCUGGGAUCCCGGCGCGGCAGAGGACUGGUACAACCCCCCCGUGGUGCCUCUGGAGCCCUGUGAGUACUGGCUGCAUGAAGACUGCGCCAUUUGGACAGCAGGCGUGUUCCUUGUGAAAGGCAAAGUCUACGGUUUGGAGGAGGCGGUGAAGGUGGCCCAGGAAACGUUAUGUUCGUUUUGCCGGUGCCACGGCGCCACGCUGGGCUGCUUCUUCAAAGCGUGCAACAGCAGUUAUCACUACAGAUGUGCUCUGGAGUCGGGCUGUGUUCUCAUCGAAGAAAAUUUCUCCAUGAAGUGUCCAAAGCACAAGAGCAAGAUCUUCAAAGCCCCUCAAGGAAGCCGGUGGGACGGCAGGUGACGGAGUGAGAAGACCUCAUGAAGAGGGAGAACAUCCAAAGUUUUUGCCCCUCUGCCUUCCGCUGGUAACCAUGGCGACUGUGGACCAGGGUCGUUUUUGACUGACAGCUUGCUCCGUAAACCUUAACUUCACCCUGCACUCUCAAGCUGCUGCCUGAUGCCAACAGUGCCAUCGUGUGGAGGAAACCUGCUCUGAAGUGAUGCUGAGUUUGUCUUAUGGUUUGCUUUGUCGUUAUUUAUACGCCUUUUUUUUUAAUAAUGGACUUAAAUGAUGAAAGUAUUUAAUUUUUUGGGAUUGUUGGUUUUAUUUAUUACUGUACUGAUUGGAUGCUUUAGCAGCAGGUUUGUGUGUUUUUAAGUUAUUGG